GUAGUGUUUGGUUUUAAGCUACACUGUACACUCAACUUUGUCUCUAACCUCAAAUCUUAAAUAACAUUUGAAUAAAUUUAUUAAUAAUAUUGGAAUUUAGUUUUAUUCUCAAAUUUGAGCAGUUCAAAGUGUUAGUGAAAUUGAAAGAUGGUGUAAAAGUUUUGCGUUCACAUAAGCCUGCUGUCUCUGUACUAGCCCUUCAUUAUGGCCGAUGCCAGCACUGGUGCUUCCUCAGUUAGCAAUCCUGGAACCACCAAAACAGGAGAAGAGACUUCUCUAAAUCUAUUGCUGCAUCCUCAAGUAGUCCAGCAAAACAAUAUUCAGAAAGUUCAGCAAAGGAAGCAAGAAGUUUACAAUUGGUCUCAGACUGAAAAGUUCUUGAAACUUGCGAUAUAUUCAGCGUGCCAAGGUGAGGGUUGCAAGUGUACCGGAUGGAAGGUGCCUCCCAGUGUUAAGAGAGCCGUUGAAACAGACGGCUAUCAGUCACUGUUGAAUUGUGUUGAUCCAUGUGAUAACUGCGUUCACCCAAUCGCUUCGCACAUAUCACACCUGAAAAGCCAGCCAGAAGAAGAAAUUAAAAGGCUACUUGGCAUGAUUGUUGAUGUGGAAAUAAUUUUCAUGUUCCAACAUAGAGAAGUUGAUCCAGAUUCGAAGAAAGUUUAUAUCUAUCUCUACAAGUUAUUACGAAGAUGUGUUGUUGAGAUGACCAAGCCGAACAUAGAGGGUCCUCUGAAGCAACCUCCUUUCGAAUCACCCUGCAUUUCCAAAGCCAUUAACAAUUUCAUUUGCUACAAAUUUAAUCAUCUUCAGCCAUCUGAGUGCCAAACAAUGUAUGAUCUAGCCAAAAUGUUCCUUCAUUGCCUUAAUCACUGGAACUUUGAAACACCCAGCGCUAGACGUCAAGAAGACACAGCCGACGAAGUAUCGGCUUACAAAGUUAACUAUACAAGAUGGUUGGUGUUCUGUCACAUGCCGGUAUUUUGUGACUCGCUGCCUCAUUUCGAGACAACACUGGUGUUCGGCCGAACGCUGCUGCGGGCUGUGUUCAAGUCAGUGAGGCAACAACUACUCGACCACUGCCACAAUGUGCGAGACCGGCUUCCACCCGAGAACAAAGUGCUCAUCCUGGUCCACUAUCCCAAGUUCCUCUCUAUGCUCGAGGAGGAAGUCUAUUCGGAUAACUCUCCUAUUUGGGAUCCCGAUUUUAAGAAAUCGCCGCCGACUUAUCUCCAAGCCACCAUUGAGAAAGGCGUUUUGUCAAGGCGUGGCGGUGAAUUCGAGAAAAUCAGCCUGCCAUUGGCCGCCGAAAAAGAAUCAUCUUCCGGAUUCACAACGUUCAAUCUCAGUCCGGGAAUCAGGAAAAAAGCUCAGCGAAUUGAAGGAUUAGAUAAAAGGUCUCCUGAGCCUAAAAGAAAGCGUGCAGAAGCCGCAGAAACUAAUGAAGAUAUUUCUCAAGAUUCUGUUGCUAAGAUUUUAGCUACUCUUGGUGAAUCAUUGCAAGUUCAACAAAGCAAUGUAAGUCAACAGAGCAAUUUUGUUUUCCAAGAUGGUAUUAGCCUGAAGCCAAGAGGUGAAAGUGUCAAAGAACAAGAAGCUGAGAAAGUCAUAGAAUUUCAUCUUAUUGGCAAUUCAUUAACCCAGAAGGUCUCAAAGAAAACUAUGCUUUGGCUGAUGAGCUUACAGAACCUAUUCUCAAGACAUUUACCCAACAUGCCAGUAGAAUACAUCACUCGAUUGCUAUUUGAUCCAGAACAUAAAACAUUGGUAUUAAUAAAAGAGAAGAAACCGAUUGGUGGAAUAUGCUAUCGAUCAUUUCCGUCGCAAGGAUUUACAGAAAUAGUAUUUUGUGUAAUCAGUACUUUCCUCCAAGAAAAAGGGUAUGGAGCCCACAUGAUGAAUCGUUUGAAAGAUUAUCACGUUCAAAAGGGCAUAUUCCAUUUGCUGACGUUUGCCGAUGAAAAUGCAAUCGGUUACUUCAGAAAACAAGGCUUUAGCGACAACAUAAAAUUGAAUCCUGCUGUUUAUAAAGGUUUCAUAAAGGAUUACAAAAGAGCUAUGCUGAUGCACUGCCAAUUGAAUGAGAAAAUAGUUUACACUGAUUUCCGGUCUAUUGUUAGACUACAGAGAGAGAUCCUGCAACAGUUGAUAGAAGAUCGGAAGCAAGCGAUAGAGGAGGUGCGACCGGGCCUGACCUGCUUCAAGGAGGAGAUCAACCGCACAAUUCCGCUGGAGUGCAUCCCAGGCAUCAGCGAGACGGGCUGGCGUCAGGCCACGCGCACCACCCGCGUCUCCAAGGUCACCGAGGAGACCAGUGACCCCGACACUCUCCACAAGUCUUUCAAGAGUGUCCUCAACUCGAUAAGGAAUCAUUCUCAAGCGGAACCCUUUUUGGAGCCUGUUGACAAGGAUGAAGUACGUGACUAUUAUUCAAUCAUCAAAUAUCCAAUGGAUUUGAAAACAAUGGGGCAGAGAUUGAAGGCUGGCUAUUACACUACACGGAGACUAUUCAUUGCUGACAUGACACGAAUAUUCAACAAUUGUCGUAUCUACAACCCUCCAGAAUCAGAGCUGUAUUUGUUUGCCAACAACCUUGAGAAAUAUUUCCAAACUCGAAUGAAGGAACUGAGUCUUUGGGACAAAUAACAGUCAGCUUCUUCUCUUAAAGAUGCGCAUUUGGAGUUUGGAGGUGUCCAAUCGGUUGACAUUGAUCUCUAGUGAAUAAAUCAUCACUAAUAUAUUUUAUAUUGUCAAAUAUUUUUUCUACACAAGAUAUAGACUUUCUAAAAUAAGAUUUUAGAUAAAUAUUGUACCUAUUUUGUAGUGAAGAGGUGCCUUCUAUCACCUAACAAUAAUUUGAACUCUAGUGACAGAGUUCUGUAAAUAUGGAUCCAUUGGAUAUAAAUAAAAACUAGAUUUUUCUAA